AAAAUACCCCUUUUUUUAUUAUUUAUUGUUUAUUCUUUUUUUUUUUAUUUUAUUUCUCUCUUCUUUUUUCCGCACACAACAAAAAAAAAAAAAGAUUCAUGAAACUAGCAUUGAUAUUAUACGGUAUUAGUCUGUGUUUGAUCGUUGCAUUCUGGCAAUUUUUACGUAAACCCGAUGAUUUCAUCAACGACUGUAGCGAUAGUCGACUCGCUUAUACCCAAGUGCCGGAAAGCCCAUGGUUUGUUUGGACACAAAGUUACCCAGAGAUCUGCAGAACACCUCAAAAUGCUACCGUAAGAAAACAACAUGGUUAUUUUCUUCACAUUACCGAUAUGCAUGUGGAUGAGGAUUACAUCGAAGGAGGCACAGUAAAAACUGCCUGCCAUGACUUACCAAAGACAUCCAUCAACAAAAAGAAACGCAAGUCUAAGCCAGUGAUACCGGAUGUUCUGGCAGGAAAAUACGGGACCCCCGGCGAACGAUGUGAUGCACCCGUCAGAUUAGCCAAAGAAACAUUGGAUUGGAUCUCGCAGGAAUGGCUUGAUAAACUCGACUUUGUUUUAUGGACAGGCGACAAUUCCAAGCAUGAUUGGGACAAGAACAAUAAGCGAAAACGUCGACAUGUGUAUGAGCUUAAUCAACAUGUCACAGAUAUGGUCAUGGACACUUUUUGGCCAGCUUCUAUUCCUGUCAUUCCUAGCUUUGGCAAUAACGAUGUCUUCCCUCAUAAUCAAAUUGGUGGUCCAGAUACGGAUGCCGACCUCUUAUCCUUUUACGAACAAAUGUGGCGUCCUUGGAUACCCAAAGAUCAACGUUCCACAUUCCGUCAAGGCGGUUACUAUACCAUACGUGUCGCCCCUCGUUUAAACGUACUGACAUUGAAUACCAUGUACUUUUAUGUACGUAACAAGGCGGUUUCCAACUGCGUUCAUCCUACAAGUCCUGCUUAUUUACAACUCGUAUGGUUUGAAGCCCAAUUGGCGCAUGCUCGCUCCACUGGAGAACGUAUCUACGUGAUUGGUCAUGUCCCUCCUUCACCGCGUGAUUAUAAGGGAACGUGUCUCACUGAAUACAUGCGUAUCGCUGCUAAUUAUACUGAUGUCGUGAUGGGUCAUUUCUUUGCCCAUUUAAAUAUGGACCAUUUUCUCAUGUUUGACGGUAGACAAGAUAGUCUGACCAAACGAAACCAGAAAUUGUUUGAUAUUACGGAUUAUGACGAUGAUGAAGAAGUACAUGCAACGCGCGACAUUGAUGCUUAUUCAGACUGGUUACGAGACAUGUAUCAAGAUAUUGACCCAUUGGAUGAUAAACGAGCUCCUCCCAAUACUCAGCCUCCAUUAGUCGUAGUUCAGGUUUCACCUUCUGUAUUACCUGUCUAUAAUCCGGCUAUCCGCAUUUACAAAUAUGAGAUUAAUCCCGACGAUAUACUAGACGACGACGACGAUGAUGAUGAGGAUGAUGACGAUGAAGAUGAUGACGAUGAUGAGGAUGAAUUGAAACCUCAUGGUACACUGUUAAACUAUGCACAAUACUUUGCCAAUCUCACAAAAUGGAAUGGUAUGCCAUCAGAUGCAGCAUUGGAAUAUGAAUUGGAGUAUACUACGGAUACAGCGUAUGGUAUGGAAGAUUUAACUGUGGAAUCUUAUUUCCAAUUAGCCAAAUCCAUGGUAGAACAUACAAAAGAAGGAAAUGCACUUUGGACCAUGUAUCGUGAUCAUAUGUUGGUGAAAACUCAAAACUUUACACAAACACACUUUUAAUAAAUAAAUUUUUUUUUAAAUA